AUGUCGCCAGGUCCAAACCCUCCCUCGCCAAACGCAGACGGCAUGUUUGGAUUCUUCACCCAGCAGUCGCCGCAGGUCCUCCCCCCAACGUCGCCGCUGAAAGCGAAAGGGAACCCGAAGGACGAUCGCCUGUACGAGACACCUGAGAAAGAGAAGGAGAACGUUGAACCAAGGAAGAGAACAACAGCGAAGCGCCCACCACUCACUCCGUCGGCUCCUCCAGCCCAGAAACUUACUCAUGUGCAGCCCCCCUCCAUCGAGAAGCAAAUCAACCAGCAGCUCGCCGAAGGAAUGGCAGCCCAGGAUGCGGCAGGAAACUUCACCGGUGGACACAUGACAUAUGGUGAGUCGCCAUUUAUGUUCCUUCUCGCAGACAUGUUCGUGACAAGCCGAACCAAAACUCACCGUUUGGGCUGGUGGAAACGUGGUGGGAAAUCAGGGUCUCCAGAUUCGUUCUCCACCCAGCAGGAGAUGUACCAGUCGGACAUAGAAGAAGGCACCCUGAAGCAGUGGCUCAUCGAGGAGAACGAGAACAACGCGAGGAUCCUAGCCAAGAAAGGGCCACCCACUCCACACCGAAUGGGCGAACCAAAGCCGCCAAAAGAGAAGAAAAAUGAGCCCCAGAAGCUGAAGCUACCGAAGGGUGGCAAAUCGAGGAUUGAUGAGAUCAUGAGGAUCGUCAGGCAGGGCCUCACCAAUGAGUUCCUGCACAAUCCAAGGAUGAUGGAGCUGUCUGCCGGAGAGAUCGCCAACAGAAUGGAGGGCGUUGCUAUGACCAUGUCGUUGGAGGCAACGAACCUGCCAUCCGCAGUCAACCAUGCGAGGGCCAUCGCCAAGAAGAAGGAGCCGAAAGACAUUUAG